UGUCAAAAUGGCGCAGAGAAUGACUAACUUUAGGAAGAAGAACGGUGCCAACAUCAUAUCCUCUGCGAUUCUAUAAUUAGCAAGAGCGACCCACGUGUUACAGCAGAGUAUAUAAACCAGAAAUUUAUCAUAUAUUUAGUUACGUUGUCAAGGUCAAAUUUAGAUUGCCGUUUCUAUUGAAAUCGACAGAUGGCAAUAUCCAUUUCUCAUGUGCAAAAUUUGGUUCAUUCAUUGCUAUUUUCACUGUUGACAUCCUAGUUCUGCUGUUGUCAGUGCAUAUGUUCACUGCUGAGUGUGCUUGUGUUAUCUCAGCGAAAGCAUGUGAUUGUAAACGACUUCAUUUGUAUCCUGGUGACUGGAGUAAAUGACAUAGUUUUAAAACCGUGUCUAAUAGUAUUUUCCGGAUGUGUGUCACAAACUGAACUGAAGCAUGGAUAAGAAAGAAAGAGAUAAGCGAGGCAGCUUUCUUGAUAAAGUAGGAGGGACAUUCCGACUUGGUGGCAAGGACAAAACCAAGAGCAAAUCUAGUACAUAUUCAGGUCGACUGCCAUCAACAAAUGAGUCUGAAGACACAAAUGGAGCCCAAUAUGGCUUCGGUCCUCAACAGGAUGGAAUCAGCACACUGUCUGAUAAAGAGGUCACAGAGAAGUUUGAGCAAAUGCUGGAUGACAUGAACUUGACUGAGGAGAAGAAGGCCCCUCUCCGAAGUAAAGACCUCAAUCUCAAGAGAUCUAUGUUAGCCAUGCAGUGGAAGGGUGCAGUAAAGAAAAGUGGUGACCUAGACAGUCCAGGGAGUUUUGUUGCUGAAUUGAGGAAUGCAGAUCUGAAGGGAGAGAAAAGACUGAGAGUGCUGGAAUCUCUGAGGGUGUCACUCACAAGUAAUCCAGUCAGCUGGGUUAGUGAGUUUGGACUGAAUGGCCUGAAUGCUAUCCUCAGGAAUCUGACAUACUGUUGUGAUUCUAAAACAGAGAGGAAGAGUACCUACGAGUGUGUUAGAUGUCUGAAGGCUUACAUGAACAACAAGUGUGGGUUGGUGAACAUUAUCAACCAUGAAGAAGCUCUGACGAUACUGUCACGGACAGUUGACCCUUCUGACCCCAAUACCAUGCUGGAGGCAGUUCGUCUGCUGGCUGCUGUGUGUCUGGUCCCUCCAGACGGCCACGAGAAAGCCUUGGAGGGUAUCACAGUAUGUGGAGAAAUCAGGGCCAGAGACCGCUUCAUUCCUAUCAUUAUGGGUCUGGGUAUGAGAGACAACCAGCCCAUGCAGGUGGCAUGUAUACAGCUAGUGAAUGCCAUCAUCAGUACACCCGAUGACCUAGAUUUUAGAAUACACCUCCGCAAUGAAGUCAUGCGUACAGGGCUUAUAGACCUUAUAGGGUGGCUGGAUAAGCAGGAAGAUCAUGAAUUAAAGACACAUGUACAGAUUUUCCAUGACCAUAAAGAAGAAGACUUUGAGGAGUUUUCACACAGAUAUGAUAAUGUCAGAAUAGAGUUUGAGGAUACGCGGCAGUGCUUUGAGCUGGUGGCUAACUCUGUAAAGGACACUGUGGCUGAACCCUACUUCCUGUCUAUCAUGCAGCAUCUUCUUUGUAUCCGUGACGACGUGUAUUCUAGGCCACAAUACUACAAGUUAAUAGAGGAAUGUGUGACACAGAUCGUCCUACAUCGGUCCGGGACAGAUCCAGACUUCAGACACACAAAACGAUUUGAAGUGGAUGUUGAUCCUCUGUUAAGUAGUCUAGAAGACAAAUCUAAAUUUGAAGAUGCUGAAGUGAGUAUCGUGGAAAUGAACUCUAAAUUAGAAACAGCUAUAACCGCUAAACAGGAAUACGAGGCACGGGCAAUGACAUUAGAGGAAAGGGUAAAAAAGUAUGAAGAGGAACUCGUGACGAUGAAAGAGAAAGUAAAGUUGUAUCAAAUAACUAGUGUUAGUAGCAGUUCGGCCUCCAAGUCCAGUACAAUUGAUGGUCCUAAUGCAGAGCUUCGACUGGGAAUAGGAAACACUAUCAGCAACUCUAAAGCAUUGGGUGGACCCGGGGGUGGACCCCCACCCCCUCCACCUCCACCACCCCCAUUCCCUGGGGGUGGUGGCCCUCCUCCCCCACCACCCCCACCCCCACCUGGUAUGGGAGGUGGUCCCCCUCCUCCUCCACCACCCCCACCUAUGGGUGGUGGUGGCAUUCCACCGCCCCCACCCCCUCCCCCUGGGAUGGGUGGUCCUCCUCCACCUCCACCUCCCCCAGGGACUCCCCGACCCCCAGGGGCACCUCCUCUUCCCUUCAGUCCUGCUGCCCCGUCCCCACCUGUCAAUGUCCUUCCACAUGGCAUCCAACCAAAGAAAAAGUACGAAGUUGGAGCACAAACUAAACGGAUCAACUGGAACAAGGUCAAUCUGAGAAACAUCGAGAAGGACUCCUUCUGGGUUACUGCCAAGGAGCAGAAGUUUGAGAAUGAUGACAUAUUUAAGGGGCUGGUGGAAAAUUUUGGUACAAUAUCAAAAACAAAAAAGGUUGAUACCACAGAAAAUACUGAGAAGAAAAAGACAACUAAAAAGACAAAGGAGCUGAAGGUUUUGGAGGGAAAAGCAGCACAGAACUUGUCGAUCCUAUUAGGCUCCAUUAAGGUGCCGUAUGAAGAGAUACGGAGGCGUAUCCUAGAGGUGGACGAGUCACACUUAUCUACAGCCCUACUGGAGCAGCUCAUUAAAUACAUGCCAGAACCAGAGCAGAUCAACAAACUUGCUUCCUUCAAGGACCAGUAUGCAGACUUGGCAGAAUCUGAACAAUUCACUGUAACGAUAAGCAGUAUAAAAAGAAUCACUCCUAGACUAACAUCAAUACUCUUUAAGAUGAACUUCCCUGAACUAGUCUCGGAAAUUAAACCGGAUCUGGUGUCGGCGAUCGAAGCCUGCGAGGAGGUUCGGAAUAGUAAAAAGUUCAGCAGUCUGCUGGAAUUAAUAUUGUUCAUGGGAAAUUAUCUCAAUGCAGGCUCUCGAAACGCUCAGUCUGUAGGGUUUGAACUGAGCUAUCUUAGUAAGCUCCACAACACUAAGAGCCAAGACGGGAAGACAACUCUAGUCCAUUACCUUGCUAACGUGGUAGAGCAACAGCAUCCUGAACUCCUGACCUUCGCGGAGGAACUCUCCUAUGUCGACCGGGCUGCCCGAGUGUCAGAUGAAAUGCUCCAGAAAAGUAUCCGGCAGAUGGAGAAAAGUUUGGAUCAACUGGAGUUGGACGUUAAAAACCAAAGCAAAUUAGCUAUGGAGGGUGAUAGGUUCCCUGAUGUCAUGAACGUAUUCCUGACAACAGCGCGGGAACAGCAGUCCGUCCUUAGUGGGAUGUACAAGAAAAUGGACAACUUGUACAAGGGCAUGGCCAAGUUCUACGCGUUUGAUGUGAAAAAAUAUGGCAUGGACGAGUUCUUUGCAGAUCUCAAGUCGUUUAAAGAGCAUUUUGUGGAAGCAGUAAAAGAAAACAUAAAAACGCGAGAAAUGCAGGAGAAGAUUCGCCGAGCCAAGGAGGCUAAGGAGCGCGCUCAAAAGGAAAAAGAAGCAAAAAUAGCUAGGAAGAAGGCACUGGUAGAUGUUACGAUAGACGACGACCAGGAAGGUGUAAUAGAUAAUUUACUGGACGCUCUGAAGACAGGAUCUGCCUUCAACAAAGGACGCGAUGGCAAGCGGCGGACACCUCGUGCUGCAGGAGCUGAACGUCGAGCCCAACUUUCUCGGUCAAGGUCACGACAGAAUUUACUCCAAGGAGAUAAUUCAACAGUGCGUGAAAUUUCCUUUGAUGACGUGUUAAAUUCAGAGACUCCACCACGUGAACGGACUAGUGUACCUGUGGAAAAACCCAGGGAGCGUAAACGUGAGCGGAGGAAGCCUUCGGAAGGUGAAAGCGAAGCAGAAAAACUUUUAGCAAGGUUGAAAGAAUUAUGAUGAAUUCAGUUUUACAUGAAUUCUUCAAAGGGACCAAAAUAAGAUGAUACAUAUCUGGUAUUGUUUAUAUAUGUGGACCACCCCUUGUGGAGUGAGUUGUAUAUUAAUAGUAAUCCUUUAUCUUCAUGCUGUUUAAUGUCAGCAUUGUAUAGUCGCAACCUACAUUUUGAUUUUUUUUCAAAAAGUUUUUGCCAGAAAUAGAGACAACAUGAUUUUUAAUAAGAUUAUUAAUAACAUCCAAGAAUUGAAUUUUGAUAUUUGACUUACUAUUAAUUAUCUGAUUGACUCAGCAGAGAAUUUCAUUGGAAAAUCAGGUCAUGUACCAUAUAGUGAUAGGAAGUACAAGUUUACAUGGAAUUAAAGUGCUGGAGGUUUUAAUAUGUUAGCUGUACAAACUGUAAGCUUGUGAAUCCACACAUCCAUGGUCUGCACUUAGCAUCAAUCUUCCCACAAAAACAUCUCCUGCAGAACCUUAAAGCCUAGAUUUUAAAUACUUGACAUGUAACUUGCUGUUAAGACCUAUUAAAAUUAGAUUAAUUUGGCUCAAAUGUGCUAAAAAAAAUUCCCCUAAUUACUUCUUCAGAACUGUAGGAUCCAUAAUUGUGAUAUUUUCCUUGUAGCUUGUGAUAGAGGAUGGCUUUCAUCUGUAUUCAUUAAAUGGUCAUAUCCCACUGUCCACGUCACAGGGGGCAGGUGCAAGACACAACCGUUUCUACAGAACUAUGAAUAAGUCUAGUCAAAUUUGUCAUCAAGUUUCGUAUUAUAGUAAAGUUCAUUUGUUCAAAUGAAUGACCUUUUACACUUUAUUACAGGUCAUAUGUUGUUACAACCUGGCAAAUAUCUGUUAUUAAAUUAACCAAUUGGCAUCUUGUUUUAAGUUUCAAGGUCUCCAAAUAGCUUAAACCACAGUUACUAUAAUACCAACUUAUCAGAUGUUAUUGUUUCAAUCUUAUGUACCCUAUUCAUCCAGCAUUAAGUUCAUGUCUGGUAAUAAACCCACCAGCUGACCUGGAAACAAAACUAAAGUGAAACCUGACUUUACCGACCGUUGACUUUAACAACAUCCUGUAUCGUCAGGCCAUAGCCAUUGGAACUGUGACAUGCCCAACUAUAUAUAUAUAUUAUUGCUGACACUGACUUUACCGACACCCUUGAUACAGUGUCUAUAAAGUCAGGUUUCACUGUACAGGAUUUCAUUAAUAUAAACACAUUACCAGUAGUUAUCUUGUAAUAAGCCUGCUCUUUAAUUUGUGUUUGUUGCAGGAUUGUCUUGAAGCAGAAUUUUAACUUCUGAUAAAAUUGACUCCAUGAUAAGGAAAUGAAUUACCCGGUUUGUAAUUUCACUCAAGACUUGAUAGACAAAUAGGGAUAUGUAUAUAAAUAAGAUGGUUUUAAUUUUAACAUAUGUUAGAAGCUGAAACCAGAACAUUUCUAACUGAAAUGAAAUUCUAGCUGUAUAAUUUAAGGGAAUACAUUGUACAAUAAUUAUAUACAGGAAAAUUAUGACGGGGAUAUGUUACAGAACAGUCUUUGUCUUUGUAAGAUUACAUCAUAGAUGCUUCCGAAGAAAUUUAAUUUUAAAAUCGUGAGAGGGGAUGAUGAAUCAAUCAUCUAGGUAUAAUGUGAAUGUUUCAUUUUUCAUCCCAAACUUUGUAGAAUCUUUUGUUGUGUGUUACUAUUGUGAAGUGGGAUAGUGCACUCACUAAAAUGAGGAGUCCACUACACAUUGGCACUCACUAAAAUGAGGAGUCCACUACACAUUGGCACUCACUAAAAUGAGGAGUCCACUACACAUUGGCACUCACUAAAAUGAGGAGUCCACUGCACACUGUCAUACUUAGUACAUAUGUAAAGACUACUACUAACAAAGUGCUGUAUAGAUUUUGAUGUGAUGACUUCAGUGUCAUAAGAUUUCUAUGAAAUAUCAAUAAGCAAAUUGAAAAUGUACGUGCUAUGAUUCAUUUGGGCAUUAAAUGUAAAACUGCCUUCUAUGUACAGGGACCAAUAUUAGAUGGAGAGUGCUGUAUUAAUGUUUCUCCAUCAGUAAGCUGGAGGACUGUGACAUUUUUCCAGCAGUGAACUAUGGGGAAAAGGUCUCCUUCAGUUGAAUGUGAAAGCUUAUGCAUCCCGAAAUCCCAUAUUUUAAUUGUUUCAUUUUACCAAAAUUAAAUGCAUUUUUUUUUUCUUUAAAAGAAAUAGUCCAAAAGACAUUCUCAAGAAAAUUGUUUCUUUUUUGUAUGUGAAUAAGUCUCGGGAUCUAUAAAAACAGGGAUUCCAUCAGCUAUGUUUGAACAAUCGCUGUCCUUUGAACACCUGAAGUUUUCAUUUUAAAAACAUUCAACAACAGGCUAGGCUUAUACAUGUACCAGUGGUCUUGUAACAUGGUAAGUUUAGUGAGAAUGAUGAGGAAAUCAGUCUGCAUGGGGCGUCAUAUUUUUUAUAUUAACACCAGCAGAUAGAAGGCUAGUAGACUGAGUUUUCAGGAUUAAAAUGAGAUAUUUGGUUAAUAAUAAAUAACUUGAGUAAAUGUAGUAUAGGUAUAUUUAAGGCUAAUAAACUGACUAUAAAAUCACUUCCCAUCACUAAGGUGUUUUAGUACCCGGUUCACAGCCUACAUGACUCUGUCUAUUGCUAGGUUUCGAACACCUCAAUUAGUAGUAUCAGUGUUCUGUUAGCACUAAAUCUACUAGAGAGUUAGACUACAAACAUACUGUGGUGAGCUAUAAAAAACUGCAUAUAUAUAGCUGUUUUAAUCUGUAAUAUUGAAGGCAGUCAUUUUGUUUGAUUCAUGAUAAAGAAUGUCAUAAACUUCUCAUUCACAAUUAAUUUUAUUUAACAUCCAUGAUUUCUUUAUAAUAUAAAGUCAAGUCCAUUUAUAAUACCCCAAAGUUUUUACAUGACCUUAAACUUAUUAUGAAACUAUCUGGCUUUAGUUUCACAAAAAGCUUUUUCCUUCCCUUAAGAUUUGCUGAAAGCUUCUUUUUUUUGAAGUUAAGGAAAAGUUAAUUUAGCUGGAAAAUGUUUGUGAAACUGAGACCUGAUACUGUGUUUUGAUAAUUUUGAUAUACAAAUGUAUAUGUAUAUAUCUAUAUGUAUAUAUAGAGGUAAUCAGUGCUUUAUGUACAUAGGGAUGUUAUAUUAUUUUCCUACAAAUGUUUAUUGUAUUAUAAUGAAUGUUUUAACCAACACACUACCCCAAGGAGAUAUGGGGCUGUACUUUGUAACCCACUGUGGCCUAGGAGACUCGACUUUACCCACUGUGGCCUAGGAGACUCGACUUUACACGUGUACACAUGUGUGUAUGUAUUUGUGUGUGUGGAGUAUGAGAGGAAUGUAUUUCUGGUUAUAUAUGUCCCCCAAAGUCUAAAAUUACAUUUUAUAUUUCUAUUCCAAUAUGUUUGAUAAAUUUAUUUUGUACUUCGUUCAGGAAAUAUUGAUUUAUAUGGAAUUAAUUUACUGAAAAUAAACUGCAUUCAUACUACACACAAUGAAAGUAAAAAUCAUAUGUUUUUUAAUCAUUAAUCAACAAAGAGGAGUCAUGAGGCCAGUAGAGGGAUGGCUUCAGAUAUUAAAACUCACAUCCUCUUCAAUUUUAAAUUUAAAAAAUGUAAAUUCAGGUAAUAAAGAUAAAAGUCAUAGUUUGAUUAGGUUAAUUCUCUGAUGUGUAUUGGAAGGACUAUUUAAAGUGGAGAGAUGUAGACAACGAAGAAAUAAAUUAUUUAUAAGGCAGAUUGGCAGCUGCACUAGUAUUACCUGUAUGAAGCAGGUUUCCACUUCACAAACAAAUAACAUCACCAGGUUCUGGAGUCAACCGUCUGUAAUUUCUGGGUUCCCAAUAUAGAACACAUUUAUAUGUAGUUAUUCUAACAUGUUAUAAUGUUUUAUUGAUAACCUGAUGCCAUUAUUUGUUUUUGACACUAUAUAACUUAAGGUUGUCUAACAUCUACUGACAUCUAGUGCUUCUCCAUGUAUGUUGUUUGUCAGCAUCAGUAUCAGUCAUAAUCUUUACAGCUGCAACAUUGCACCUCAGAAAUAAAACAACUUUCUGCAAAGAUUUUGUAGACUUCCUUUGAAGAUUUAGUAAGCUUUCUGUAAAGAUUUUGUAGACUUCCUGUGAAGAUUUAGUAAGCUCUCUGUAAAGAUUUUGUAGACUUCCUGUGAAGAUUUUGUAAGCUUUCUGCAAAGAUUUUGUAGACUUCCUGUGAAGAUUUAGUUAGCUUUCUGUAAAGAUUUUGUAGACUUCCUGUGAAGAUUUUGUAAGCUUUCUGUAAAGAUUUUGUAGACUUCCUGUGAAGAUUUUGUAAACUUUCUGUUGAUUUUGUAGACUUCCUGUGAAGAUUUAGUAAGCUUUCUGUGAAGAUUUUGUAGAAUUUCUGUUCAAAGAGUUUGUAGACUUCCUGUGAAGAUUUAGUGAACCUUCUGUGAAGAUUUAGAAGGCUUUAUAUGUAUUCAUAUAUAUUUCUAUUAUGUUAUACUUUUCCAAAUCUGAGCCUCUAUUUGUUGUCUGCUAAGUGACAUUAUUAUAUUUUUAACGUUAUUUCCAGUUGAUAUGCAACUGGUAGUUGUUUGGACAAAAUAGUUCAUCAUUUAUAGGAAAGUAGAUAAGGAAAUUAUGUUCUUGUCUGAAGAAUGUGGACUUACAACCCUGUUGAAAACCCAGUUCUGAUCACAAUUUCAGCCACAUUAGUUCCAUAUCAACCUUCCCUACAUAGGAUAUACUCAACAAUGCAAAUCUUAUUUUCAUAUAAACUUUUCGUCAUCUGUAAGCCUGACAUUCUAUUAAUUUGGUGCUUGAUCCAACAGAAGUAUUCCGAACACAUUGGUCUGUACUAAGAUUCACUGCUGCGAUGUUCUGGCUAGUUAUGUGAAGUCUGCCUGGUGUGUUCAAAUAUGUAAAUUGUUGUUAGUUUAGAUUGUUAAGUUUUAAAUUUUAUUUUAAUGUGAUUUAUCUUUGAUCUUGACACUUCUGAGACAACUUCAUAUUCCUAGAUAAAGCUGAGAAAUCAGUGGUCAAACUUCAGGGCUAUAGCCGUAAAAUAUCUACCCAAGAGGUGGACUCCGUUUUGUUAUAAACAGGAACUAUACUAAAGAAGUGAUAUAAUAUAAACACUAGUAUAUGAUAGGCCACAUUGUCUCCUGCCUACACCAUGCAAAGAAUAUUUGUAUCUACAUAGUCCUAUCAUCAGAUAGAUAUUUUACUGAAAUAGCCCCCGAGGUUUCAAUCAUCUUCUUAAACCAAGAGUUACAUUCCCAAUGAGCAAGAGGGCAAGUGAGCUCAAACCUGGUAAAUUCAAGGAUUGGGGCCUGUUCGUUUAUUAAAUGUAAUAUUUCAAACAUACAUCGUGACGGACCUGCAGAUGUUAAUACAGGCCUUCGAAGUUUUUGUCAAUGCUCAUCUUAAAACAAUAUCAAAUCUCCAGGUCCAUCUUUAUUUCAUGAAUGAACAUACCGGUCCAACUGGUCCAACCAUUUGGACCGCAAAAACGAAACGGCCUUGGUUUCACUGUACUUGAGGCAUGCACAACAAGACCUCAAACCAAAAUGUCCGUCAGUUUUCAAAGAUAACAAAAAUAGUUUACAGGACAGACAGUAGCAAAGCUCAAGAAGAAACAGACAUUUUAUCACUGAUUUGAAAAGUUGGAGUCAGUGGGAUUUCUGUUUCCUUUGUCUGUUGUAGUUGUACUUUUACUAAUGUAACAUCACUAUAGCUUUGACUUUUGUAUAUCACGCUGCUACAACCUUUUGUAUGCUGGAUACGUGUAUAAGUUGUAAGAGAGAGUGAGAGUGACUGUUAAGACGAACAACUAUAAUGGAAUUCAUUGCCUAAAUAAAACAUUUAAAACUUAUGAAAAUGUU